UUUUGAUCUCAUGCACAAAAUAUUGUACAAAAAGGUUUUUAUUAUUCGAAGAUAUUCCAAUUUUCAUGCAUUCAAUAUCUGGUUUACUGUGAGAGUUUUGGAAAAAAAAAAUUUGACAUUUUAGCAAGGCUGAAUGGUAACUCGAAUGUCUCGUUUUCAUGUUAUGCCGUUUAUGAAAGAAAAUAUUGCGUUUAAUUACGCUUGGCCGUUUUCCUAAAACUCUUGCCAUUGUAAGCAGAGUGAUAAAAAUUCCAAAGAAAUACAAACAUGAGUUACAGAUCCAGAGGUGCUGAACAGGGUUCUUACAGAGAUCAACAAUUUAAGGGUUCCAGAGCAGAAUUAGAGAGAUUGCUUCAAAAAAGCUGUACUUUAUAUGUUGGUAACCUUAGUUUUUAUACAACAGACUUGCAAAUAUAUGAGCUAUUUUCAAAGUGUGGUGAUGUUAAGAGGGUUAUUGUUGGUUUAGACAGAUUCAAGAAGACUCCAUGUGGAUUUUGUUUUGUUGAAUACUAUGUUCGUGAAGAUGCUGAAGAUGCAAUGAGGUAUGUAAAUGGGACUAAACUUGAUGAUCGAAUCAUUAGGACUGACUGGGAUGCAGGUUUUGUAGAGGGAAGACAGUAUGGAAGAGGAAGAACUGGUGGACAGGUCCGAGAUGAAUACAGAACAGAUUACGAUGUGGGUCGAGGAGGAUACGGAAAAAUAGUUCAACAAAAAAUUGGUACUGUUGAACCUGUUGAUAUUUAAUUCUGAUGAAGCAUAUUUUUCAUCUGCUGUGAUAUCAUGAAAAAAGUCAAGUUUCAUUCACAUUUCACCUGAAGGAGACUGUAGAAAAUAUACUUCUACUGAACUUUUGAAUGUAAAAUGUUGCCAUUUUCUAUUGCAUUUUAAACAUGUUCUUUGUAAACUACAAGAAACUUUUUCCUUAGUUUCUCCAAGGAGUUUUAGAAAUUGUAGUUUAAAAAUUUUCAAAAUUUAAGUAUCACCACAUUACUUGUUGCUAAUAAUAAUACUUAACGUGAAAGAUUUAUAAUUUAUUGUUAUAACAUCCCUCCACUCCAGAAGAUUAGGGACAUUAAAUAUAUAUGAUACUAUUCUUAUUCAUAUAUAUUUAAUGUCCCUACAUGAAACUUUGUUUAUUUAUCAUUAUUGUUCUUUGUGGUUAUUGAAAUAAUAUAAAAUUGCUUAAUGUGUCACCCUGGUACAGAUCCAAGGCCAGAAACAGCCUAAGAAUUAAAAAAAAAAAAAAAAAAAAAUCAUUCUGCACCUACUUAUGCAAAAUAUGAGAAUGUGUAAAUAUUCUAUUUUAUUACCUCGGACAUUAACAACUAAAAUUAGAUCAUUUAAUAUUUAAAGAUACAUUACUAAU